AUGCGCUCGCAUUGGCGGAAAGCACACCGUGGAUGGGGAGUCGCACAGGGCAAGUUUGGGGGCUCCGGGCCAACACGGCAACAGGAGCGCCUGAAGCGGCUCGCAGAGGCUGUGCGGUCGGUCUGUUGCCAGCGUCUGUUUGGAACGGGGCGGUACUCGAGCUAUUUCGAAGUUCGACUGCCUAACGUCGCCUCGGCUGGCGAUGCGGCGGACGCUGGGCCGGCGCCCGCCGCCUCCGGCUCCGAUGCGGCGCGUGCGAGGCUCGAGCUGGCAAUGCUCAUCGAGGAGCGGCAGAGCGCAGGCCAGACGGUUCACGCAAAUGCGAGCCGAAAGGAAGUGUCGCCGUGGCUCCAGCUCACCCGCUGGCCAGAGUACCUCGCCGGGCAUUCCUUUGAACAGCUAGCCGCGCUUGCUGCGAUGCCCUCCCUAGCCACGGAGCCCGGGUUGUUUGCGCUAGGCCAGAGUCUGGAUCGGCUCGUCGACGCCGCCUACACGUCGAUCUGCCAGGACCGGAUCAACGUAUUCGACCAAGCACGCAUCAACAGCUUCCUCCAGCGGCCGCGGGCCUCGGACCGGCCGCUCAUGAUCAAGCUGCAGAAGGCGACCUUCCGCAAGUACCAGGCCGUCUGGAAAGGCCUCCUCUGCUUUGUGGCCCGCGCGGCGGAUCCCUGCCAGACGAUCCGGCUGCGUCACCAGCUGCAGAGCCGACAGGCCGCCCUUCUCGGCGAGGUCUUCCUGCAGAUCGACCGUCUGUUGCAGGUGCCUGCCGAGCAUGAGUCGGCUCGCCAGAGCGCGCGUGCCGCCGUAGACGACAGCUGCCUCGACCUCUGCAUAGCGCUGCUGGAUCACGACCUGAAGGGCGACCUGUUUGAGAGCGCGGUCGUAGGCUUUCUCGCCGUUCUUGGCAUCGACCUCGGCAAGGGCAAUCUCAAAGAGGCCCAGAACUACACCCCCAGCCUCUCGGGCUUCAUCAAGAUUGCUCAGAUGCUUGUAAUCGAGAAGGCGAUCCGCGCGGCCGACGCUGGCGACGCUGCGCAGCCGGCCGACCUGCUCGACGACAUGCGGGAGCGCUUCAUGAUCCACGGCACCCGCUCGCCCU